AACUAGGAAAUUCUCGUUGGAAUCGCAUACAAACGACGCUACCUCACUCCACUCCUCCACUCCUAGUUUCUCAAAUUCAUAUAUGAAAGACUAAAUCGUUUUCUGAGUUUCGAGAUUUUAGAUUCUUCAAAGUUGCAUAGGUCGAAAACAGUGUUAUAGCUUAAGGAAAUGGUUAACUCUAAGGAGCCAAAGAGAAGGGUUGCUUUUAUUCUAAUUGAUGGGGUGGGAGAUGUAUCACUUCCCAGAUUUGGCUAUAAGACUCCCUUACAAGUUGCCAAUGUCCCUAAUUUGGAUGCAAUAGCAUCGGCUGGCAUCAACGGUCUUAUGGACCCUGUUGAAGUAGGCUUAGGUUGUGGAAGUGAUACUGCACAUCUUUCUCUAUUGGGCUAUGAUCCUAGGAUCUAUUAUCGAGGCCGAGGUGCGUUCGAGUCCAUGGGCGCAGGUUUGGCAAUGUCACCUGGAGAUAUCGCUUUUAAAUCCAACUUUGCAACUCUUGAUGAAAGUACUGGUGUAGUUACCAGCAGGAGGGCAGACAGGCAUUUUGAGGAAGAAGGUCCCGUUCUUUGUGCAGCGCUGGACGGACUCAAGCUGCCUUCUUUUCCUCAAUACGAAGUUAGAGUCAGGUAUGCCACAGAGCAUAGAUGUGGGGUGGUUGUUAAAGGACCAAAAUUAAGUGGAAACAUAUCGGGAACAGACCCUUUGAAGGAUAAUCGCCUGCUUUUACAAGCUCAGCCUCUUGAUGAUUCUGAUGAAGCAAAGAAUACGGCUUCAGUUGUUAAUGAGUUAUCGAAAGAGAUAUCCCGAAUUUUGGUUAAUCAUCCUGUGAAUGCUAGAAGGGUUGCCGAAGGAAAGAAUAUAGCUAAUCUUGUCCUUUUACGAGGUUGUGGGAUUCGAAUUGAGGUCCCCUCAUUUGAAAAAUUGCACGGUUUGUGGCCUUGUAUGGUUGCUCCUACUAAAAUCAUUGCUGGUUUGGGUUUAUCCCUUGGUAUUGAUAUUUUAGAAGCUCCGGGAGCAACAGGGGACUACAGAACCCUGUUAACCUCAAAAGCAACUGCAAUAGCCGGAGCACUCUCAGCUCCUUCUAACUCAUGCCCCAAUGUCUUUGUACCUGGGUCAGAUGAACAUAAACCCGGCAGACCUGAUGGCUAUGACUUUGGCUUCUUUCAUAUUAAGGCAAUAGAUGAUGCUGGUCAUGAUAAAGCCAGUGUCUUCAAAGUAAAAGGCUUAGAAGCUGUUGAUAAAGCUAUAGGCCAACUAGCUAAGCUCCUCUGGCAAGCAGAAUCAACAGGGGAUUUCCAAUAUCACAUUUGUGUCACUGGAGAUCAUUCUACUCCUGUUGAAUAUGGUGAUCACAGUUUUGAACCAGUCCCAUUUACCCUGUGUCGUUUGAAAGACUUCAUUGGUGCUGUGGGUGGGGAAUCAUAUCUUUCUAAUAUUUCCCUCGAUCCCUUUCCUCUUCCAACGGUUGAGCCUGGUGAUGAUUUAGCACAAGCUGACAGAAGUCAAGAAGAGAAACAGGGCAAACAGGGCCAGGCUUUCAGAGGUGACAAAGUUUUCGAGUUCAAUGAGAUAGCAGCAGCCAGAGGAAUUCUAGGGCGCUUUACUGGUAGUGAAAUGAUGGGGAUCAUAAAGGCUUUUCUUAAGCUUUAAUAAUAGCUCCUGUAUCCAUUUCUGUGUAAGUAUACCUUUAACCUUGUGACAAGACCAUUUAUGCUAAAAAAACAUUUCAGCAGGUAAGCAGUAGUUCUUCUCUAGUUUGUUCCUUGCACUUGACACAUGUAAUAAUGGGUUUCGUUGUUCACUUUGUUUUGAAAGUGAAAUAAAACAUUCGUUGGAAUCCUUCUCAGUGCCUUGUAACAAUAUCUAUUGUAACAGUGCUUAGCAUCUGUUUUCCAGUUGAUAAAUGAAACAGAAAACACCAAAUCUUCUAUA